AUGAAGCAAGCAUGGAAUUGCACAGCCAUAACAUUGAUUCCAAAAGUUCCUGCACCUACAACUGUGAAAGACUAUAGACCUAUUGCUUGCUGUACUACUGUCUACAAGAUCAUUGCUAAGAUUCGGACUAAAAAGAUCAAAAAGGUAAUUGAGUGUAUAAUUAGGAAAGCACGGUCUGCGUUCAUAGAAGGGAGGAGCAUUGUGGAUAAUAUACUGUUUAGUCACGAGUUGUUCAAUGGUUACAGUAGGAAAGGCUUAUCUCCAAGGUCUGUACUCAAGGUUGACUUAAGGAAAGCAUAUGAUUCAUUGGACUGGCAGUUCCUUAGAUCUAUGCUCACAGAUCUUGGCUUCUCUCAAAAAUUCAUUAGGGAGAUGAAUCAAUUAUCUAUGCAGAAGGAGUUCAAAUUUCAUCCAAAGUACAAGAAGCUGGGAGUGACACACAUUUGUUUUGCUAACAAUUUGUUAAUGUUUUGCAGGGGUGACAAGGAAACCUUUAAUAGGUUCUCAAAUGCAUCAGGAUUGCAGGCAAGUGCAGAAAAGAGUUCUAUUUAUAUUGUUGGUGUAGCACAGCAUAUAAAGGAACAACUGAUCGAGAUUACUGGAUAUGCAAAGGGUAGUAUACCUUUUAAAUAUCUGGGAGUUCCACUAUCUGCACGAAAACUGAACAUUCAGCAAUGUUUGCCUCUGGUUGAAAAGAUUACAGAGAGAGUAAGAUGCUGGUCAGCUAGGAUGCUUUCAUACUCAGAAAGAAUUCAACUCAUAAAAUCAGUGUUAUUUGGAAUACAAACGUAUUGGGCUCAAAUUUUCUUAUUGCCAAAGAAGAUCAUGAAGAUGAUAGAGACUAUAUGUAGAACCUUCUUGUGGACUGGCUCAACAGAUUAUUCCAGGAAAGCACUGAUUGCGUGGUACAGAAUAUGUCAACCUAAAGCUACUGGUGGUUUGAAUGUGAUUAAUAUGAAGAUAUGGAACAAAGCAGCUUUAUUAAAACAUCUCUGGGCCUUGGCUAUGAAGAAGGAUACUUUGUGGAUUAAAUGGGCUCAUAUCUACUACAUAAAAAACAGGCUUAUUGAAGAGGUAAGCACACCCAAAACAGCAACAUGGGUGGUGAUGAAGAUCAUAGAGGCAAAGGAUGAAGUACAGAAGCUGAGGUCAAUUCAUAACAAUCUCAUAAACACACUGGACAGCUUUGUGAAGCAAGGCAAAUUUCAGAUACAUAAAGCUUAUGUCCAAUUGCAGCUUCAAUUCCCCAAAGUAGAUUGGAAGAGUAUUCAUCUACAUGCACAGAUUCAUCCUAGGUUCAAGUUCCAUAUAUGGUUGGCUAUCCACCAAAGGAUAGCAACUGUGGAUAGACUUUCCAAGUUUGGUAUUCAAGUUCAGUUAGAAUGUGUAUUCUAUGCAAAGACUGUGGAAAUAUUUGAUCACCUAUACUUUGGUUGUCCAAGUACGAACAAGCUAUGGGAAAGAGUAUUGAUAUGA